UACCAUGGUAUACUGUUGACAACGUACUAAUUCCUGUCAACAUAAAAGAGGAAAAUCACUGGAUUUUGGUUGUGAUAUCAUUCACUGACAGGUCUGCUCUCAUCCAAUGAAAAGAUCAUUCAUUUUUCUACAAAUUUUAUAUGUUUGUUUUUUUCUUAUAUUUUCUUUUUACAAACAGGUCCAUCUACGUAUACAACUCAUACCGAGCUGCAGGGCAUGAUGCUGUCGUUAGAGUCAGAGUGAAAAUGUUGGCUACUCUAGUGACACAUAGUCUACAAAUGACUGAUUUCUAUGAGAAGAAGGCGGAUAUAGAUUUUGUCACACAUCCUUCUUACAGAAAUAGAGAGCAGACCGACAACUUUGACAUUGUGAAUGUAGACAAUCUCCCGCAACAAGCUCCCUCUAGCAUGGAUUGUGGUGUGUAUGUGGCAGCCUUCGCUGAAUACUUGAGCUCAAGUGCAGUCAUCCCAACCGAAUUCGAUGCAAAGUUACUCCGUAUGAGAUAUGGUGCCCUUUUAUGCGACUAUGCAUGGGAUAAGUCAAACAACAAUGCAUCAAGUGAUAACGAGCAGCCUCCAAGACCAAUUAGACCGGCAGUUGAUUACGAUGCAGUUGAUAAAGAGGAUCUUGAUUAGGCCACCAAUUCAUUUGUGUUUUUGAUUUUCAUGUUGAACAAUAGCAUAGUUGGUUGCGACUUUUGUUGCUGUUUUUUCAUUUUGGAUAUAUUGUUUCAUGUGUAGUAAUCUUUUUUAGGAUGAUUAAUAUUG